AUGCCCCCGCGGGCGACGGGCGCCACAUCGGCGACAAGUCGCCGUGGUCGCGACCUGGCAGCCCGCCUCGACCUUUUAAAACAACACAUGAGCCCCGGGCUGCGCUUCAGCCUGAGCGCCUCGCUCGAUAACAUUGCACACCUGGACCUCGACCUCUUGCCCUCUCCAUCAUCGUCAUCAUCAUCAUCAUCACUGACCGCUCCGGCCCCCCCGGUCGCUGCUUCUUCAUCGUCCGCCGCCGCUGCUCCGGCCACCUUGCCUCUCGGUGCCACUGACCAUGAAAGCACCAACGCCAGCACAACCUCAACCUCUCAACCCAGCGUUGUCGUUGGCUUGCGCCAACGCGUGCGUGCUCACCUCGCCGACCCCGGUGCUCUGAACCGCGGCCCUCCGGUCGUGUUCAAGUGCCCAGCCCCCAACUGUGAACGGGUCUACCGCACCCGCGGCGGUUGGUGCCGACACGUCUCCUCUGUCCAUCGGCGACAAGUCAUGGCCAAGGAUGCCGUCCCCUCCUUUGAAAAGGGAGGCCAGCCCUGUACCCGCCCACGUCUCUCCUGGCAACAUUACUCCCACUCCUGGACCCCGGCCGCCCCCAUGCCUGCCGCCUGCUCAGAUCCGUGCGCGGCACCCAGUCCGGCGACAAGCGACACUGAUCUUGGCUACGCCGGGAGCCCCGUUUCCACCGUAUCCGACGCCCCUGCUCACGCUUCCUCCACCCCAAACACAUCCCAUCCCGCCACCAGCCUCGCUGACGUGCGCCAUCAUCAACGCCCUGGCAACCUCGAAGACCCGGACCACCCAUCCCCUCGCCCGAUCCAGGCCCACCCCCGCAAAGACCAUCCCUGCAGUGCCCGCGUCACUGGCUCGCUUGCCAGCGUCCUCCCACUGUAUCCUUUGGAAGACGAGCUUGUCCUAGCCCAGUGCCCGCACUGUGCUCGUCACCUGUCCGCCCAGCGCCUCGUGCGCCAUCUCUAUGAUUGCUCCCACGCCUCGGUCUCCACCUCCACCUCCCCUUCCAACAACACCCCCACAUCCACAUCGGCACACGCUGGUACUGCCCUCUCAAAAUGGCGCCUUCGCCACCGCACUGGCCCCAACCCCAGUCCCGCCGCCUCCCAUCUGCGAUACGCCCUACCCCACGCCAUGCUUCAACACCCCUUGUCCCUGGCCGCCACCCAACACAACGCCCGCUGCCUCAGCGCCACCAGCCACCACACGUUGACGGAGGAUCGUGAAGACUCGAGUGAUGCUUGGGAUAAUUCCUCCGACGUCGAUACUCUCGAACGCAGCAGCACCGACUCGGGCAUCGAAGGCGAGUCAGCCCGCGAACUCCCUGCGUCUCCCACCACCACUGCCCUCAAACCCAACAGUACCAACGCCGGCGGUCACCACUCCACCACCAAGGACAGCGGUAGCGGCAGCACCAAUGAUAUCAGCAUUGCCAACCCCCCAGCUCCCUCCUCAUCCAAGUCUAACGUUCUCAAGGCCGCAGCGGCUUCUCAGGCCUCCGUUGCCAAGGCGGCCCCCAGCAAUGCAACUGCCUCCACUUCCGGCAUGCCAAUCCUUCCAAUCCCGAGUCUAGCGCCCCGCACACAGGCCAAGCGCAACUCGGACUCAACGCACCAGUCUCACGAGCCCUCCAAAAGCCCCAAAAAAUCAAGCACAACGGCCCCUUCCGCUUGUCCAGCCACUGCCAAGCCUGAUGCCGGCGCCCAGAGCACGCCAACCUCCCGCGCCACAGGCCCCUCAGUAGCUCCGGGCAAGCCCACUGGCGCAAAGGCCACCCCCAUCCCCAAAGCACCAAAGGCCGCCCGCAGGCCGGCCAAGCCCCGGGCACCCCGGGCACCCCGGGCACCUCGCGGCUCGGGCAAAGCCAAGACCAAGGGCACCAGCAGCAAGACCUCGGCCCUACCCCCCUCCAGCGCUGGCCUCACCGUCACCGCCGCUGGCACCUCGCCCUAUGGUGCCCUGCCCUACGCCCUCCCACAGUACUGCUAUGGGGUCCCUGCUGGAUACUACACGACAAACUCGGCCCGGCUCUGCGUCCACGCUCCCCCCUCCUUCAAAUACACCACGCCCGUCAAUGGUUAUGUCCGUCCUACCACGCUCAUCACCUCGGGUGGGGCCACGUGGACCUACCCCAGUCCCAUGGGCCUGGUCAGCCCUGGUACAGUCCUCACCCCCAGCAUGGCUGCCAGCGAGGUCCCGGACCUUGUCCACGUGUCCCAGUUGACCACCUUCCUCAACCGGUGCUACGCUCCGUCGUAUGUGCUGCCUGGUGUACCAGUGGGCACUCGCUUAGUGGCGUCAGCUCCACUGACGGCCACUGCCACGUCCUCGGUCCCCGUGAUCCCCACCGCGGCCGUGACAGCUUCAUCCCCCACCAAGGCCGGGGCAGCUAGCACCAUCGUGGCAGCCUCUUAA